GGACUCCAAAAGUCGUCAUCCCCUCGGCUUCCUCUCCAAAAAAUCGCGCGAGGCUCCGAUCUUAUCUCUUUCGUAUCGCAAUAAAUUCCGAAUAUCGGAUGAUAAGAAGACCCGUUUGUUUCUAAACCCGAAAUAGCAUCGUUCCUCAAAACCAACUCUUCCCUCAAAUACCCCCUUCCCUUUUGCCCAUUUCUCUCAGAACCCCGAAAACAAGCGAAGAGAAGAGAAAGUAUGGAGAAAGCGAUCGAAAGGCAGAGAGUCUUGCUCCAGCAUCUUCGACCUUCUUCUCUUUCUUCUCCCGUUUCUGAUCUCUCUGCCUCGGUCUGUGUGGCUGGGGAUAGUGCAGCAUAUCAGAGGACUGCUAGCUUUGGAGACGAUGUUGUGAUUGUAGCUGCAUACCGAACUGCACUUUGCAAGUCAAAACGUGGGGGUUUCAAGGAUACCCACCCUGAUGACCUACUUGCACCAGUUCUUAAGGCACUGAUAGAGAAAACUAAUGUGAAACCGAAUGAAGUUGGGGAUAUUGUUGUCGGUACGGUCUUGGCACCUGGCUCUCAAAGAGCAAGUGAAUGCAGAAUGGCUGCAUUUUAUGCUGGUUUCCCUGAAACUGUGCCUAUUAGAACUGUAAACCGGCAAUGCUCAUCUGGACUCCAGGCAGUUGCUGAUGUUGCUGCUGCCAUUAAAGCUGGAUUUUAUGAUAUAGGGAUUGGGGCUGGAUUGGAGUCUAUGACAGCAAAUCCAAUGGCUUGGGAAGGGUCAAUAAAUCCCAAAGUAAAGAGUUUCCAGCAAGCUCAAGACUGUCUUCUACCCAUGGGUGUUACUUCUGAAAAUGUCGCUCAUCGUUAUGGUGUAACACGCCAGGAGCAAGAUCAGGCUGCUGUCGCAUCCCAUAAGAAGGCAGCUGCUGCAACUGCUUCUGGUAAAUUCAAAGAUGAAAUCAUCCCUGUGGCCACAAAGAUUGUGGAUCCAAAAACUGGAGAGGAGAAGCAUGUUACAAUUUCUGUGGAUGAUGGAAUUCGACCGAACACAACAGUGUCAGAUUUAGGAAAGCUCAAAGCUGUCUUUAAGAAAGACGGGACCACCACUGCUGGGAAUUCUAGCCAAGUGAGUGAUGGUGCUGGAGCAGUGCUACUUAUGAAAAGAUCAUUGGCAUUGCAGAAAGGACUUCCCAUUCUUGGGGUAUUUAGGAGUUUUGCUGCUGUUGGAGUGGAUCCCGCUGUCAUGGGCAUUGGCCCAGCUGUUGCUAUUCCUGCAGCUGUGAAGGCUGCUGGUCUUGAAAUUAGUGAUAUUGAUCUUUUUGAAAUAAACGAGGCAUUUGCUUCCCAGUUUGUGUUUUGCUGUAAGAAACUGGAGAUUGAUCCAGAGAAGGUGAAUGUGAACGGUGGUGCAAUCGCUAUUGGGCAUCCUUUGGGUGCAACAGGUGCUCGCUGCGUUGGAACUCUGUUGCAUGAGAUGAAACGCCGAGGCAAAGACUCCCGGUUUGGAGUAGUGUCAAUGUGCAUAGGCACGGGGAUGGGGGCUGCAGCUGUUUUUGAAAGAGGAGAUUGUGUAGAUGAGCUGAGCAAUGCACGGAGGAUCCAUCCCAACAAUCUUCUGUCCAAGGAUGCUCUAUAGACGAUCCCAACUCAUCACAGCCCACCCCAUAUACUUUAUCAUAUGGGAUCAUCCAAAUAAUACCAGAGUAUCAUGCCAAGGUGGAAUAGAUUGGGGAAGAGAAAUCUCGUGGAAAUGGGUGUGUGGGCCCAUCUGGAUGUAGACAGGACAUUCAUUUGGGUUGCAUAAACUUUGGUAGUUGGUUGUCACACUCUGCUUGCUGUUAGGAGCCUUUUAUUUUUGGCAAACGACUUGUAUUAGUAAUAAAGGCGAGAUUUCAUCUAAA